AAAAAACCGCCAAAUCCAACCUUCAUGCACGCACUUCAAUAAGCCAAAUACAACAACUCCGACUGGUCGCCUUAGAUUUUGGCUUCCACUCGCCAUUCCCAAUUCCAGAUCAGAUUCUCUUUUCAUCCUUCAUCGAAAUUCGCAAUCUCAUGGGUCUUUGUUCUUUUGUCUCUUCGCAAAUCUCAAGGUUAUCUUACCCCGAUCUAUAAUUUCGAAUUCUUGAUCCACCAAGGCCGAUUGGAAAAAAAAAAAGAUGGGUUUUGCUCGUCGAUCAAUGAAUUCAUCUGGGUUGGUAAGAUUGUAAUGACCCACAUUGUAAAAAAGGAGGUCUGAUUAAUUUCUGAAUCUCUUGAUUUUGUAAAUUAUAAAUGGGAUCUUUGUCUAUGUUCUCCAUUAUUUGUAUCCUUCACUCUUUAAUUUCGUUAACUUGUGGAUCGCUGAUAAUGUUCUACCUCAAGGAGAUUUCCGUCUUCGGUCACGGCGUCGAAACGGCCCGGAAACUCUCGGGAUCAACGCCACACGACCAGUUGUUGAUCCAAACAUCUAAUUCCUUCGCGGGUAUGCUUCUUUUCGUCAUUGGGUUCUUCUUGUUCAUGGUGGCCUUUGCAAACGAGAAGGAGUUUCAGAGCUUUUUCGCCAAAGGUUGUGUUCUUCUUCACGUUUCAAUGGCGCUUUGGAGGGUCUACUUCGAGAGGAGGCUCGAGGUUUUGGCUUGGGAUUGGCCUAAACAGGUUAUUGGGGAUUUGGUCUUGGCCCUUUCGUGGGUUUUCUUUCUUGUGUAUUCUUGGAGAGAAAAGUAUGAUUGAACUUAACGUAAAGUCAUUGUUCAGAAUUUGUAUCACGUAAUAUAUUGAUGUUUAACAUGUUCUAAUAGAUUUCA